AUGUGUAGCAAAGCGAUCCUAGCACUACUGGUCUAUGGGAUAAUAAUGCACUGCAGCGUCUACUGCUCACCUGCUGCUGGAUUUCAAUACCCUGCGCUAAGGAUUUCUCAGGAGGCACCGCCACAUGCGUCUGAAUUCUUGCCCUUUGCUUUCCGGGCUAGGCUGGAAGAUGAAGUGUAUGACGAGGAUGGAAACACUCUGCAGGAUUUCGCCUUUGACAACGACCCCCUUGGCAUAGCGAACCCUUCCUCCAUGAUAGACGACAUGUACACCCUGUACUACCCACCGGAAAAGAGGCACGCCGAUGGGAUAUUUAACAAAGCCUACAGGAGAGUCCUGGGUCAGCUAUCCGCUCGGAAAUACCUGCAUUCUUUGAUGGCCAAACGGGUGGGCGGUGCCAGCGGCCUGGAGGACGACUCGGAACCGCUCUCCAAACGGCACUCGGAUGGCAUCUUCACAGACAGCUACAGCCGCUACCGGAAACAAAUGGCUGUCAAGAAAUACUUGGCAGCGGUCCUGGGGAAAAGGUAUAAACAAAGAGUUAAAAACAAAGGACGCCGAGUAGCGUAUUUGUAGCGCUGAGUAACCCACCACUCCUGUGUAUACAGAGCCCCUAAAAAAAGAAAAACAAAAGUCAUUUCCAAAGUGACUGAACAAUCACCGCUCCUGUGUUAUC